CAGCAAGACAUGGCACCCGGUACCGUGAUCGCUGCCUUCUCGGUCCUCAAGGAUCACGUCAAAUUCAAAGUUAAUCAAAAUUCGAUAGCCAUUGACAAUAUCGUUUUCAGAUUACAUUAUAGGGCUACGUUUCUGUUGCUUCUCGUUGCAUCUAUUCUAGUCACCUCCAGACAAUUUAUCGGAGAACAUAUAAGAUGCAUCGCCGACACAGGUGUACCAUCAAAGGUUAUCGAGACAUUUUGUUUUUUCAUGUCCACAUACACCGUGGUGAAGCAUCUGAAUGCUACCGCGGUGCAAGAGGGCGAAUUACCACAUCCUGGCAUUGGACCAGCUGCUAAAAACGACCCUGUCAUACACCAUGCUUAUUAUCAAUGGGUGCCCUUUAUUCUGUUCUUCCAGGCAAUCCUCUUUUACUUGCCGCACUACCUAUGGCGAAAAACGGAAGGCGGCCGGUUAAGUAUGCUAGUAUCAGGAUUACACAUGGCAUCUUUGUCAUUAAACGAAACGGAGAUUAAGGUGAACGAUAAUAUGAAGGUGCCAUCGAAAAAAGAACGCGAUGAGAAGAUACAACAGAUUCGCAUUGGCUUCAUAAACCGCCUGCAUUUGAAUCGUCCAUGGGCAUACAGUCUGACUCUUUGCGAGAUUAUGAAUUUCAUAAAUGUGAUCAUGCAAAUUUACUUGACCGACUGGUUCCUCGGAGGAGCUUUCCUCGGUCUUGGUCAAGCGAUCUCGGAGCCUCCGUCUAUGGAGAAAAUGAAUCCACUUGAUAUAAUAUUUCCAAAGGUAACUAAAUGCAUUUUUCAUAAGUACGGUCCUUCUGGUGACAUACAAAAGCACGACGCGUUGUGUGUGAUGGCACUGAACAUCGUUAACGAAAAGAUCUAUACGGUCCUUUGGUUCUGGUUCGUCGUGCUGGCGGUGCUAACCGGUUUGGGAUUGGUUUGGAGAAUACUGACUAUGGUCCUUCACGCAAGAAGUACGUCAUUCAACAAGUUUGUGUUUUCCAUGGCAUGCCCUGGAAAAUACAAUCCAUGGAACGUACUCAAGGUCACUCACGAGUACUAUUUCGGCGACUGGUUGUUUCUCUAUUACAUAGCGAAAAAUCUGGACAACUAUAUAUUCAAGGAA